AAAGGUCAUAAAUGUAAAAUACACAUCCUCGUCAAAUUUUAUCCGGUCUGUGCAAUUCUCAGCCUCAUUUCCUUCCCUCUUUUUCUCCAACGAAACAACCAUGGAAGACACAACAUGGUCGCAAAAACUCCACGCCCUAACCCACAUCCUCACAACCCCCACAACAACCCCAUCUCUCCACUCUCAAUUCUUCAUCGCCACCCAAAUCCCAUGCUACCUCAACUGGGACUACCCUCCAAUCCUCUGCUCAAACCCAUCUCUUCUCCAAAAAUGGGAACUCUCAUUCCUCCUCAAAAGGCUCACCAUAUUGGGUUCUCCCAAAACUUCUUGGAGGUCAAAGUGUCCAUACCACCACCCUCCACCAUUGAUUCUUGCUAAGGGAGUUGAGGAAGCAAAAUGGGGAAAUGAAGAGAGGAAGAGUUAUGCUAGGAAGAGGCUUUAUAGGAAACCUUUGGGUAGAGAACUUAAUCCUUUUUUAGCUGUUGUGUUGCCUCAUGUUUUGUUGUUUUCGUUUGUGAUAUGGAAUCCGUUUAGUUAUCUUGAUUGAAAAACAUAGUAUCCUUAAUUUGAGGUUAUAACAUUUGGUUUGUUUUAGUUUGGUAUUA